AAACACACAGAGAAAUUAAGAACCCUAAUUUAAAACAACAGAAUGGUACAUUCGAAGAAGUUCCGAGGUGUCCGCCAACGUCAGUGGGGUUCUUGGGUCUCUGAGAUUCGUCAUCCUCUCUUGAAGAGAAGAGUGUGGCUAGGAACAUUCGACACGGCGGAAACAGCGGCUAGAGCCUAUGACCAAGCCGCGAUUCUAAUGAACGGUCAGAACGCGAAGACUAACUUCCCCAUCAUCAAAUCCAACGGUUCAGAUUCCUUGGAGGUUAACUCUACGUUAAGGUCUCCCAAAUCAUUGUCGGAACUAUUGAACGCUAAGCUAAGGAAGAACUGUAAAGACCAGACACCAUAUCUAACGUGUCUCCGUCUCGACAACGACAGCUCACACAUCGGCGUCUGGCAGAACCGCGCCGGAUCGAAAACCAGUCCAAAUUGGGUCAAGCUUGUUGAACUAGAUGACAGUGUUAACGCACGUCCCGGUGGUGAUAUUGGGACUAAUAAGAUGAAGGAACGAAACGACAACGUUCAGGAAGAUGAUCAAGUGGCGAUGCAGAUGAUCGAGGAGUUACUUAACUGGACCUGUCCUGGUUCUGGAUCCAUUGCACAGGUCUAAAGGAGAAUCAUUGAAUUAUAUGAUCAAGAUAAUAUAGUAGAGUGUUAAUA